AUUUAUAGAAGUUUGUUUAAGAUUAUUAUUUAAUUGCCAUAGACUAUCGCUCUUAAAAGUAGCAUUCACAGCACUUGUGUAUUACUACACACCAACCUUCUGUUGCAACUUAGCUUUUAGCUAUGGCGGAAAUAGUAUAUGAUUCUUUCCCAUUUAUGAGAGUUUACAAAGACGGUCGAAUCGAAAGGCUGAUGGGCGAAGGUUUUGUCCCACCAGAAUCAGAUCCUGAAACCGGAGUACAAAUCAAAGACGUUCAAAUUGAUCCACAAAUUAACCUAUCAGCAAGACUUUACCUGCCCAAAAAUGUGGACACUGUUGAGAAAAUUCCUCUUUUUGUCUACUUUCACGGCGGUGGUUUUGUGAUCGAAUCUGCUUAUUCACCUUCAUAUCACAAGCAUAUAAGCAAGGUAGCAGCUGAAGCAAAAGUAGUUAUUGUUUCUGUUAACUACAGGUUAGCUCCUGAGUACCUUUUACCCAUAGCUUAUGAAGAUUCCUGGCUAGCUCUCAAAUGGGUCGCUUCACAUGCCAAUGGUGAUGAUGGUUAUGAGCCAUGGCUAAAAGACCAUGCCGAUUUCAAUCGCCUCUUUUUGGGGGGAGAUAGUGCGGGUGGUAACAUUGCACACCAUAUAGCCAUUCGGGUGGGGUUGGAAAAGUUGGAGGGUAUGAAACUUAAAGGGAUUUUCCUUGCCUGUCCAUUUUUCUGGGGGAAGGAUCCUAUUGACGGUGAGGGAGAAAAAUUAGAUGUCAUUGAGAAGCUAUGGUUGCUCGUGAAUCCGAAUAGCUCGGGAUUAGAUGACCCGUUGAUUAACCCGGUAAAGGAUCCGAAGUUGUCUAGCUUAGGAUGUGAUAAAGUAGUUGUGUAUGUGGCCGGAAAAGAUGUGUUGAGAUUCAGGGGAUUAUACUAUAAGGAGGUGUUGGAGAAGAGUGGGUGGCCGGGAACGGUGGAGGUUGUGGAGGUUAAAGAUGAGGCACAUGUGUUUUACCUGUCUGCUACAGAAACUGAAAAUGCCAUGGCCAUGAUGAAAAAAUUGGCCUCUUUCCUUAAUCAGUCCUAGGCCUAAUCAUGGUAAUUGGGUACGCACGUUUUGAAGGAGGAGGAAACUUACUAUUGACAUAUGUCAAACGAACACGUCUAAAACAAAGCUGACUGACGAGUUUACAGCACUAUUAUUUACCUCACGUACUAUUUUUAUGAAUAAAAAAUGGAUGUAAUUGUCAGAGAUUUUCUCAUGGUAAAAUUUUUUCUUGAUAUAUUUCUCAAUCUUCGGAGAUUGCAGCCUACUGUUUUAAUUUAAAUAGGUUGACUAAGCGGAUGGACUAAAUGUAAGUUGGUAAAUAUUUCUAUCUGUUAUCAAUGAGGUUAUUAUAAAGUGAUAAA